UCCAGCAAACUUACUACCGAGAAUGUUGUCUUUAUCCGGCUUCAACGUCAUUCUUCUUUUCAUGCACCUAGCUUCCGGAGGACCGUGCGAUAAUGUCGUCACAAUUAGCUCAUCUUGGCCGGGAGGCUUGACUGCCUCGCUUAACAUUUCAAUUACGACUCCAAUCACUUCAUGGGAAAUUGAUCUGAAAUUUUCAUCGGCCAUUCCAUGGUUAAAGGCUUGGGACGCUACAGAGUCUAAGAUUAAUGAAGUGGAAUAUCAGCUGAGAAACCUCAAUUCUAACGGAGUUCACAGCGCUGGGACUACACUAACGAGUGUCGGUUUCAAUGCUUUCUUUAGUUCCAGCACCACACCCAUUAUUACAAGCGUAGUUUUUAACGGAGACAACGUCUGUUUAACUGACACUAAAACAGAGGCUAGACAACCGAUAAUAGAAGAAGAGUACAACAUUUUCGUGGAUGCCUGGCCGACUAAAUACAAUUACAUUGAAGUCAUCACUAAAUCCUUGCUCUUCUACUAUGCUCAGCGUUCUGGCCGUUUACCUAAAAACGAUAACCCCAUUCCGUAUCGUUCAGACUCGGCGCUCAACGAUCGCGGACAAGACGGAGAAGAUCUCACUGGAGGCUAUUACGAUGCUGGAGAUCACUUGAAACUCGGUUUUCCUUUAGCCAGUUCUAUAACGAUAGUGGCUUGGUCAAUAAUUGAUUAUCCGCUUGGAUAUUCUUCCGCAGGGAAAUUAACAACAGCUCGAAAUAUGGUCAAGUGGGCGACAGAUUACUUUAUCAAGGCCCAUGUGCAACCCAACAAGUUUAAUGGGCAAGUGGGCGAUGGCGAUCUCGAUCACGAUUACUGGGGGCGUCCCGAAGAAAUGACUAUGAGUCGACCGGCUUUUUUUAUAUCUACCUCAAAACCUGGGUCUGACUUGGCCGGAGAAACAGCUGCCGCACUUGCCGCAGCUUCAAUAGUUUUUAAAACAAUCGACAGCACUUACUCAGCUCUCUGCUUGACACAUGCAAAGCAAUUGUACGAUUUUGCUAAACGAUAUCGAGGAAUAUACAGCGAGUCCAUCCCACAAGUAGCAGAUUUUUAUUCGUCAAGUGGUUUCGGUGACGAACUGGCUUGGGGCGCUAGUUGGUUAUACCGAGCUACUAACGAUAACGCUUACCUCGAAGAUGCUAAGGCAUUUUACACCGAGUUCAACCUCUCUGAUAAUCCAUCGGAAUUUUCAUGGGAUACGAAAACUGCCGGAGUACAGGUUCUGUUGGCCAAACUGACAAAUGAGAACCUCUACAGAAACGCAGCGCAAACUUUCUGUGAUUCCAAAGUUGAACAACCGAAGACGCCAAAGGGGCUCCUAUUUGUCACCAAGUGGGGAUCGUUAGGCGCCGCAUCAAAUAUCGCUUUCAUUUGUCUUCAAGCUGCCGAUCUGAACAUCAAUCCAUUGGCGUAUCGCCAACUGGCGCAACAGCAGAUUCAUUACGCACUUGGAGAUACAGGCCGUAGUUUUGUCGUGGGUUUCGGGCACAAUCCACCACUGAAGCCACAUCAUGCGUCCAGUUCAUGUCCGAAUAGGCCCGCCGUUUGCGAUUGGGAUGCCUUUGAUUCACCCAAUCCUAAUCCCCAGAUCCUCUAUGGAGCUCUUGUUGGUGGCCCAAAUAACCAAAAUGACCAUUACGUAGAUGACAGACACAAUUUCGUUACCAACGAACUUCCGCCGCCGCCAAUCGUGAAUCCAAAAAGAAAAAAUUUUCUUGGUCAACCAGCUCCCCAAGGUUAUGUUGCCGGUGUUGGCAGAGGUGCUACAGGUUUCACCACUCGAUCAGAUAUUGGUCCAGCUAGAGAUGCAAAUGAUGUACCAGAUGACCGUCAUCCAGCACCAGCUAAACGAAAGAAGGAUGAUGAUGAAGAUCUUGAAGAAGAUCUCAAUGAUGCCAACUACGAUGAGUUUGCUGGUUAUGGUGGUUCUCUGUUCAACAAAGAUCCUUAUGAUAAAGAUGAUGAAGAAGCUGAUGCAGUUUAUGAAGCUAUUGAUGAGCGUAUGGAUGAAAAAAGACGAGAGUACAGGGAAAAAAGAAGGAAGGAAGAAAUUGAAAAGUAUCGUCAGGAAAGACCAAAAAUUCAACAGCAAUUCAGUGAUCUUAAAAGAGAACUGUGUGCAGUUUCAGAAGAAGAAUGGAAGAACAUUCCAGAAGUGGGAGACGCUAGAAAUAGGAAGCAACGUUUACAUGGAAGACGAGAGAAAUUCACCCCACUUCCUGAUUCAGUACUGACUCGAAACUUAGGAGGAGAAUCUAGCACUUCGAUCGAUCCCAAGAGUGGACUGGCUUCGGCGUUUCCUGGCAUGCUAACUCCGACGGGCGAUUUGGAUUUGCGAAAAAUUGGCCAGGCCCGUAACACUCUCAUGGACAUUAAGCUUAACCAAGUCUCGGAUUCUGUUUCCGGUCAAACAGUGGUCGAUCCCAAAGGUUAUCUAACGGAUUUGCAGUCGAUGAUUCCUACUUAUGGAGGAGAUAUCAAUGAUAUUAAAAAAGCUAGACUACUACUGAAGUCCGUUCGAGAAACAAACCCUAACCAUCCUCCCGCAUGGAUUGCUUCAGCACGUCUUGAAGAAGUGACAGGAAAAUUACAAGCGGCCCGUAAUUUGAUUUUGCGAGGGUGUGAGACUUGUCCCAACUCGGAGGAUCUGUGGCUGGAAGCUGCCCGUCUUGUACCAGUAGACACUGCAAAGAACGUAAUUGCACAGGCUGUAAAUCAUUUGGUCAAUUCCGUAAAACUAUGGAUCAAAGCAUCAGAACUAGAACAGGACAUGAAAGCUAAGAAACGAGUAUUCAGGAAAGCGUUAGAGCACAUUCCAAAUUCGGUUCGUUUGUGGAAAGCUGCCGUUGAGUUAGAAGAACCGGAAGACGCAAAAAUUCUGUUAUCUCGUGCAGUCGAAUGUUGUCCAACCAGUGUUGAGCUUUGGCUUGCCCUUGCUCGACUAGAGACGUACGAAAACGCCCGUAAAGUAUUGAACAAAGCCCGCGAAAAUAUUCCGACAGAUCGUCAAAUCUGGAUCACCGCUGCUAAACUCGAGGAAGCCCACGGAAAUACAACGAUGGUGGAGAAAAUUAUUGACAGAUCCAUCAAUUCUCUUGCGGCCAACGGAGUGGAGAUCAAUCGAGAACACUGGUUAAAGGAAGCCGUCGAUGCCGAGAAAUCCGGAGCUGUGCUUACUUGUCAGGCUAUCAUCAAAUUCGUCAUUGGUCAUGGAGUGGAAGACGAAGAUCGCAAACACAGUUGGUUGGAAGACGCCGAUAAUUUCACAUCUCAGGGUGCUUUCGAAUGUUCGCGUGCGGUUUACUCGCAUUCCCUGGAAACUUUCCCUGCUAAGAAAUCUAUCUGGCUGCGUGCUGCCCAUUUUGAACGACAGCAUGGAACACGUGAUUCUCUAGAAUCACUUCUUCAACGUGCAGUCGCCCACUGUCCCCAAGCUGAAGUACUGUGGCUCAUGGGUGCUAAAUCAAAGUGGUUGGCAGGUGACGUUCCGGCAGCACGUUCAAUCUUGUCGUUGGCUUUCCAAGCGAAUCCAAAUUCUGAAGAAAUUUGGUUGGCUGCCGUCAAACUUGAGUCUGAAAACUGGGAAUAUGAGCGAGCGCGCAAGUUGUUGGCCAAAGCUCGAAAUUCUGCACCCACUCCUCGCGUGCUCAUGAAAUCAGCUAAACUGGAGUGGCAUCUUGGGGACUUGGCAGAGGCCCUGAAACAAUUGCAGACCGCUAUCGAACAGUUUCCUGAUUACCCUAAAUUCUACAUGAUGCAAGGUCAGAUUCAUGUAUUGCAGCAGCGUAUGACUCAGGCACGCGAGAGUUACAAUCUUGGGACGAGGAAGUGUCCCACCAGCGUUCCUCUUUGGCUGUUGCUGGCUCGACUAGACGAAAGCCAGGGCAACAUGACCAGAGCACGUUCUGUUUUAGAGAAGGCACGUCAAAAGAACCCGCAGAACUCGCAACUUUGGUUGGAAGCCAUCCGCCUGGAAUGGAAGACUGGUCUAAAGGAUAUCGCUUCGGCCAUGAUGGCCAAAGCACUGCAAGACUGCCCCAUCUCUGGUCUGCUGUGGGCCGAAACCAUCUUCAUCGUUGAUCGCCCCCAACGCAAAACGAAAAGUGUUGAUGCCCUUAAAAAGUGCGAACAUGAUCCACAUGUUCUACUGGCAGUCUCCAAGCUCUUUUGGACAGAAAGAAAAACACAGAAAUGUCGCGAAUGGUUCAAUCGUGCAGUCAAAAUCGAUCCAGAUUUCGGAGAUGCCUGGGGGUAUUUCUACAAGUUUGAAUUGCUUCAUGGAACAGUCGAAGAGCAGAAUGAUGUCAAAAAGCGUUGCGUUCAAGCUGAACCACGACACGGUGAAAUCUGGACAAGUAUUUCAAAAGGCCCUCAAAACUGGAGAGCACGAACGGAAGACAUUCUCUUGUUGGUAGCCGAAGCUUUGCCCGUUCCUGUCUGAUCGGUAUUCUUCAUUGAUUGUGCUUUUGUAAUACAUCUUUUUACAUUUCA